CAGGUCCUCUUCUUGAUCCAAAAUCAACUAGCCUGGCCAUUAAUUCUGAUUCUCUUCAAUUUACUGGUUUUUAAUAAGACUUUCACUUUGCCUGAAAUUACUGCAUCAGCUAGAGUUGGAUCUUUCACUUUGCCUGAGAAGAAGGAUCAAAGGCCGAAUUUAGUUUCUUUGUUGAGUGGUCAUUUAGAAAACUGGGGAGAUUCCACAAUGGCUGAUUCUAGUCCUAGGACUGAUACUUCGACUGACGUUGAUACUGAUGAGAAGAACCAAGGGAAUGAACAAGGACAACAUGUUGCUGUAGGAGCUUCUGAUUCUAGUGGUAGAUCAAAAGACAAGACUGACCAAAAGGUCUUGCAUCGUUUAGCUCAAAACCGUGAAGCUGCUAGAAAAAGCCGAUUGAGGAAAAAGGCAUAUGUUCAACAACUGGAGAGCAGCAGGCUAAAGCUUACUCAACUUGAACAGGAGCUUCACCGAGCUCGCCAGCAGGGUAUCUUCAUUUCAAAUUCAGGGGAUCAGGCCCAUUCAAUGAAUGGAAAUGGGGCUUUGACAUUUGACGUAGAGUACGCAAGGUGGCUAGAAGAGCACAGCCGGCAAAUUGGUGAUCUGAGGAAUGCGGUUAACUCUCAUGCAAGUGACGUUGAUCUUCGAGUUACAGUUGAUGGUGUUAUGGCACACUACGAUGAAAUUUUUAAGCUUAAAGGUGCUGCUGCUAAGGCGGAUGUCUUUUACAUGUUAUCUGGUAUGUGGAAGACUCCUGCAGAAAGGUGUUUUAUGUGGCUUGGAGGCUUUCGGUCAUCUGAACUUCUCAAGCUUCUUGUAAGUCAACUCGAGCCACUUACUGAACAACAGUUGGUGGGGAUAUGCAACCUACAGCAAUCCUCCCAACAGGCCGAAGACGCUCUUUCACAAGGUAUGGAUGCGCUUCAACAGUCCUUGGCUGAAACAUUGGCUUCCGGCUCUCUGGGCCCCUCCGGGUCAUCAGGGAAUGUUGCAAACUAUAUGGGUCAGAUGGCAAUGGCCAUGGGAAAGCUGGGCACCCUCGAGAACUUUCUUCGGCAGGCUGAUAAUCUUCGACAGCAAACCCUGCAGCAAAUGCAUCGAAUACUUACAGUCCGUCAAUCAGCUCGGGCACUCCUAGCCAUCAGUGAUUACUUUUUCAGUCUCCGUGCAUUGAGCUCUCUUUGGCUUGCGACCGAGGGAGUGAGGACCUAG